AUGGCUCUCUUGACUAGCACCUUUUCUCCAAGCACCGUCCAUGCGAGCCGAGCACUGGAGCAUCGUUACAAAAACGUCGUGUGCUUGAAAUGCGGACAUUUGUUUGGGCAGUCCUGUAUUGAAAGAUGGAUACGGCGAAACACAAAAAAUGCUUCGUGCCCUCAGUGUAAGGAGAGGGCGCGAUUGACCGAUAUUCGACGUUUAUAUACAAGCAUCGUAAAGGUGAGAGAAAAGCCCUACAUUGCUUCAUGUUAA